AUGCACUGCCAGGCGAUCCGUCGCCUUACCCGCCGCCACAAACUCAUUGGCAACAAUGCCAAUGUCACGGAACCAACGAAAGCAGAGGUGAAACGGGCCAAGGCCGCUGCUCAAAACGAGAAAAAAGGUCGCAAGAAGAAAGACUGCCUCACAGGCAAAGCUGGCAAAGUCAUCACUGUCGGCAAAAAAGGCGUCAACGCUGCCGGGCGCGACCCCAUCUCAGCCCCGAGCGCCCGGUCAGGAGGCAUCCCCAAUCCGACGGAGGAGUACCUAAGCCAAGCGUCAGGCUUGCCAGCGUCGACGCCAACGCCGCAGCCCAUUCUUGUGGUUAUUGACCUCAACGGGACGCUGCUGUACCGGCCGUCCAAGAAGCAGCCGACGGAUUUCGUGGAGCGGCCACACGCUCGCAAAUUCAUGGAGUACUGCAUCAACACGUUCCACGUGGUGGUCUGGUCGUCGGCUCGGCCCGGCAACGUGCGGAACAUGUGCGCGCGGCUGCUGACGGCAGACGAGCUUGGCCGCGUCGUGACGGUCUGGGGCCGCGACAAGUUUGGCCUGUCGGCCAAGGACUACGACAAGCGCACCCAGUGCUACAAGCGGCUGACGAAGCUAUGGGAGGACCCUGUCGUCAAGGCAGCCCACCCCGACGGCGAGUCCUGGGACCAAGGGAACACGGUCUUGAUCGACGAUAGCGAGGAAAAGGCACGCAGCGAGCCAUACAAUGCUAUCACGCUCCCAGAGUUCGCGGGCGAUGUCAACGAGGAACCAAGAGUGUUGCCGUUGGUCCAUGACUAUCUGAACACACUAGUCUACCAGGCUGACAUUAGCACAUAUAUCAGGACAACUCCAUUUAAGGCUAAUUAG